AUGGAGGAAAAUUCAACAGUGACGUUGUUAAUCCUUGGAGACGCUGGCUGCGGAAAAACCACUUUUUUAUCACAACUGAAGGCCUCAAAACUUCCUUCGAGGGACGACGAUGCCCUAAGUAAUACCCUCCUGAGAGACAGCGAUCAGCCUUUUCUGUAUGAUAUUCGAUUUGCCAGGAAGUCAUUCACAUUAGAAGUAUACGACACUGCUUCACCAAAUCAGCAUUGGUCAUCACUGCAUCCAGAUGUUGUCAUACUUGCAUAUGAUAUAUCAGACAGGAAAACACUGGGCGGGCUUAAGAAAUGGCGUAACGACAUAACCAGAUACUUUCAACGAGGCACUGGUGAACGAAUCCCCGUUAUGUUGCUGGGUCUUAAACGAGAUCAAAGAGUAGAAAACGACGAAAUAAUUUACCCACAGGAGGCUUAUCGCAUAGCCCAAGAACUGCAUUGUGAUCGCUAUGCAGAAUGCUCCGCCCUAACCGGGGAGUUGGUGUCGGAGGCGUUUGAGGACAUUGCCAGAAUGGCAGCAAUGUCAACUACUGAGAAAGGUGCACAAGGCUCGGGUGGUUGCACGAUUAUCUGA